CCGAAUCGAUCGGAAGGUUUCCGACACCUCGCGAGCAAAUGAAAAGUCGAUUCCGAUCGGAAUAGUAAACCAACUCGCGUGAAAUAUUAACCAACACUGAAUUCGUUGAACCUAUUGAAGAAUUGUUUAAAAAGAAGAAACUGGUGCCUUAUUAAAUUUUAAGUUACAGCAAUGUUAGUUGCACUCCGUCGAGAGAGAGAGAGAGAGAGAGAGAGAGAGAGAGAGAGAGAGGCAACGUCGCGCAGCAAUUAAUGCCAGUAAAAUUGUAAGGAAAACAAUUAGAGAUAUAUGGAAUCCUUUUGCUAUUCCCGAAAAAGAAUUCAUUGGCAUGUAUCAACUAACACAACAUAUGGUACAGGCACUUAUAGAACAAUUGGAGCCUUAUCUUCCUCAAUGUGUGAGAGCUGAAGUGAUCCCUAAUCACAUUAAGGUACUGUGUGCUUUAAACUUUUACGGUCAAGGAAGUUAUCAAAAAGGUGUUGGAGUGGACAGUAAAUUGAGUAUUGCUCAACCUACCGUUAGUAUUAUUCUUAAAGAAGUCACAAUAGCAAUUAAUGAACGACUGCUUAGACAGUGGAUACGCUUCCCAACAAUUCCACAGGAGAUACAAGAGAUUAUGCAAAGAAAUUAUAAUAAAACUAAAAUUCCCGGAUUAGUAGGAUUUGUUGACGGUACGAAUGUGGCCAUAAAAGUACCAGCAAUAAACGAAAGACUAUACGUAAAUAGAAAAGGAUAUCAUGCACAACAUGUACAAAUUAUAUGCGAUUCCAAUCUGAACAUAUUAAACAUUAUAGCAAGAUAUCCAGGUUCCAGCCAUGACUCCUUUGUAUGGAGGACUUCUUAUGUAAGACAUCUUCUUCGAACACAGUAGGAAACUGGAAAUCACUGUUGGAUCUUUGGUAAUAGUUACUAAUUAUAAUAAGUAUACUAUUUCGUCAAAGUGUGCUUUCGUUUACAAAUAAUUAAUUGAAAUAUCUGUUACAUGUUAUAUUGUGACAUUAUUUAUCAGUUCUAUUUCCCAAUUUAACAAUUUAGUAAGAAAGCAAAAUCUUCACUACAUUAACGUGAUAAGGACUUAGUUCUUGUUUCACUAUGUUGUAUACUUUGAUUGUACUGUAUUCAUUAUUUUUAAUGUAUUCAUUAAAUAAAUACAUAGUGAUAUCCUUUGGAGCCAUGGCUUUUAACACCCUUUCCGGAACCACAGCCCGAUACAAAAGAGGCGUAUUUCAAUGAAUGUCACAGUAGUACACGAAAUGCAGUGGAACGCUGCAUAGGAGUAUUAAAAAACGAUUCCGAUGCCUUCUUCGGUAUCGUACUUUAGAAUAUACACCCCAAAAAGCAGGUGAAAUCAUUAAUGCUUGUGCAACAUUGCACAAUAUGUGUAUGCUGACUAAUUUGGCUGAUCCUCCGGACCUUGAAGAAGCUAUUGCAGCAUUAGAAAAUGAUAUGGAUAAUAUAGAGGUUGUACCAGUACCGGAGAGUCGAGCUUUAUUCAAUGAAGGCCAACGUACACGCGAUAGACUUGCUGCCCGAAUAUUAUAAAAUUCAAUAAAAUAGGACAGUUUCUACUAUGUUUUACUAAUUUUUAAUAAUUGAAAAAUAA